AAAACUAGUAUGAUUUAAGUUUACAUUAGUUCAAGUUUUCUUAGAAAUACUGAUAGUAUCUUGGCAACUCGACAUUGCGAAAUUAUGACUACCGUCGAUAAUUUUUUGAAACACCUCACUACUGAGUCGAAAUAUACGGAUAAAUCAGAAAAUUCUAUUAGAUCCUACAUAGUUUUUGUUUGCGGUGUAGUUUUCCUAACAUGGUACGUCCAAUGGUUGUGGAAUAGAAGGUAUCUUUAUAUUCAUUCCAGAAAAGUACCAGGACCGAUUGGACUUCCAUUUAUCGGAUCAGCGUAUUUAUUAUUCUUAUCUCAAACAAGCGAUAUAAUGAAAAUUAUUAUCGAUUUACAAGAAAAAUAUUCUGAUAUAGCUGCUGUAUGGUUCGGUACUAGGCUUUAUUACUUGGUGUCUAAACCAGAACAUAUUGAAAAGAUUUUAACGAAUUCCAAAGCUUUGGAUAAAGAUCCUCUUUACAAGUUUAUGACAUUAGCAAUUGGUGAAGGUUUAAUAUCAGCGGGAGUUGAAAAAUGGAGGAAACAUAGAAAAGUUCUCAGGCCAGCCUUCAGUCAAAAAAUUUUGAAUGCUUACCAGGCGAUUUUUUUGGAAAAAGGGGAAAAUUUUGCCGAACAUUUGCAAAAAAAUGUAGGAAACAAAGAUCUGGAUAUAACUAAAAUGAUCGCUAAUUGUACUUUGGAUAGUAUGUGUGAAACGGCUAUAGGAUUGAAAAUGAGCAAACAAAUUGAGCUAACAAACAUAUCGGAAACUAUGAAUAGAAUGAUGGAGAUAAUAAUAUAUAGGACUUUAUACAUAUGGCACCAUCUGGUAUUUACGUGGAAAUUGUAUCCGUUAAGCAAAGAAUACGAUGAAGUUGUAAGGAAAUUCAAAAAUUUCACAUCAACAAUAAUUGAAAAAAAGAGGCAGACAAAUCAUCACAAACAAAAUAUUGAAGAUUCUGUAGCCAUAUCUGAAAAUGAAGAAUCUUCAAAAACACUCUCAUUUUUGGAUCUCAUGUUGGAAAAUACGAAUUUUACAGAAAAAGAAUUUCAAGAUGAAUUAGAACUUUUUCUAAGUGCGGCUACAGACACGACUGCAGCGGCAAUUAGUUAUACUUUCACAGUUCUAGGCAUGUUUCAAGAUGUACAGCAAAAAGUUUUGGAAGAAGUCCUGGCAAUUCUAGGACCCGAUAGACCAGUAUCUCCAUCAGAUUUACCCGAAUUGAAAUACACUGAAAGAGUUAUCAAGGAAAGUUUGCGAUUAUUUCCGGUAGCUGCUCAUUUUCUACGAAAAAUAUCUGAAGAUAUCGAUGCAGGUGCGCAGUACGCCAUGGUGAAUAUGAAAACUAUCUUGGCAACUGUUAUAAGAAGGUUCAGAAUUUAUACAAAAUAUAAAACCAUCGAAGAAAUCAAAUUGAAAAUAAAUGUAGUACUUAAAAUGAUAGAGGGACCUAAAGUUUGGGUGGAAGCACUCUGGCGUAUCGGUCUCACGCUGAAAACGAUGUCGAAGGAAUCAAUAGGAACGUCGAUUACGAUUGACUCAACAAGUUAUACGGAAAAACCAGAAAAUAUUGUUACUUCAUACAUAAUUGUUGUUUGCGGUGUAGUUUUCCUAACAUGGUACGUCCAAUGGUUGUGGAAUAGAAGGUAUCUUUAUAUUCAUUCCAGAAAAGUACCAGGACCGAUUGGACUUCCAUUUAUCGGAUCAGCGUAUUUAUUUUUCGUAUCUAAAACAAGCGAUAUAAUGGAAACUCUAAUCGAUUUACAAAAAAUAUAUCCUGAUAUAGGUGCUUUAUGGUUCGGUACAAGGCUUUAUUACACGGUGUCUAAACCAGAACAUAUUGAAAAGAUUUUAACGAGUUCCAAAGCUUUGGACAAAGAUUCUCUUUAUAAAUUUCUUGUAUUCGUUAUUGGUGAAGGUCUCAUAACUGCAAGAGGUCAAAAAUGGAAAAAACACAGAAAAAUUAUAAGGCCGGCUUUCAAUCAAAGAAUUUUGAAUGCUUAUCAAGCAGUUUUUUUGGAAAAGGGGGAAAUUUUUGCCGAUCAAUUGCAAAAAAAUGUCGGAAAUAAAGAUAUGGAUUUAUUUGAACUGGUUUCCAAUUGUACUUUAGACAUUAUAUGUGAAACGGCAUUGGGAUUAAAUAUGAAUAUACAAACGGAAAAUUCGGAUUUUCCUAAAGCUUUGGACAAAAUUAUGGAGAUAACAACUUAUAGAAUUUUCCACGUGUGGCAUCAUUUGGUAUUUACUUGGAAAUUGUAUCCAUUAAGCAAAGACUACGAUAAAGUUUUGAAAGUUUUCAAAACUUUUACGUCAACAGUAAUUAAAAAGAAGUGGGAGGCUUAUCAUCACAAACAGAAAUUGAGAGGUUCUGUAUCAGUAUCUGAGUAUGAAGAAUCUCCAAAAGAAAAAUUGGCAUUUUUGGAUCUUAUAUUGGAAAAUACGAAUUUUACGGAAGAAGAACUCAAUGAAGAAGUAGAACUUUUUUUAAUAGCAGGCACAGAUACAACUGCAUCGGCUCUAAGUUGUCUUUUCACUGUACUGGGAAUGUUCCAGGAUGUACAGCAAAACGUUUUGGAAGAAAUCCUGGCGAUUCUAGGACCCGAUAGACAAGUAUCUCCUUCAGAUUUACCCGAAUUGAAAUACACUGAAAGAGUUAUCAAGGAAAGUUUGCGAUUAUUUCCGGUAGCAGCUUUUUUUCUAAGAAAAAUAUCCGAAGAUAUCGAUGCAGGUGAUAUAGUUUUCCCUGCGGGUAGUUCUGCGUUUUUCGGACCCGUACAUAUUCAAAGGAAUCCAAAAUAUUGGCCGGAUCCACUUAAAUUCGAUCCUGAUAGAUUUCUACCAGAAAAUGUAGCUAAACGACAUCCUUGCACAUAUAUACCUUUCUCUUAUGGUCCUAGAAACUGUAUAGGAGGACAAUAUGCUAUGAUGAAUAUGAAAACUAUUUUGGCAACAGUGUUAAGAAGAUUCAGGAUUUAUACGAAAUAUAAAACCAUCGAAGAAAUCAAAUUGAAAACAAAUGUAGUACUUAGAUUGAAAGAGGGACCUAAAGUUUGGGUAGAAACACGUUAAUAAUUAAUAAAUUAUAAUGUGGAAUGUGUAUAAUAUUCAAAAAAUAUAAUUAAAUAUAUCAUU